AUGGGGUUCUUAUCACUGGUCUGUUGCUCAAAAGACAAUGUGGUCCGGCCCCAAGGACGGCAUUCUGCACAAAGUCACACAAGUGGUAAGAACUUUGUUCCUUUCCUGAUGCCAGCAAAGGGCAAUUUUGACUACAACACUGAAAGUGUGCAAAGCCCCAAGAUUGGCAAGACUAAGAAGAUUAGUCCAGUGGACUCGGCUGCCGGUGGGCCAGUCACUAGCAAGACACCCAAAAGGACGGCAGUAAAGAAAGGUAAACGUACUAAAAGAAAUUCUGUUGCACCAAGUCCUCCAUCAGUGGGAGUACCAAGUCCUCCAUCAGUGGGAGUACCAAGUCCUCCAUCAGUGGGAGUGGCCAAGAAAUUGCCUUCCACGUCACAAGCUCAAAGUACAUCCUCUCAGUCAAAGGAUGGAGGGAAGACCAGGAGGAAGCUUCGUCCAACAAAAGUUGCUCCUCUCGAGACAGGCACUGCACCAGUCCUGCCAUCUGGCUCAAAGGACACUGGGAAAGAGGCAAAGGCAGGUCCCUCCAACAAAAGGGCUCGGAGUAUUGUUCCAAGCACAUCCACCAACCCGACGAACACUGAGCAGACGACAGUGACCCGGUCACCAAGAACACCUUCUGAAACCGGCAUGCGAGAGAAAGGACGGACGAUGGGUCGUCCACUGGUUGCAACUGCUCGAGUAACUCCUGCAAAACCAGAGGAAAGAUGUUUGCCACUUCCAACAUCUAUGCCAAAGAGAUCACCUCCUAACAACGAAGUGAGACAUACACCAAGGCCUCCCUCUGAAGCAAAACGGUCGCCUCCAGAUAAGUCCAAAAGUUGUAAGGACAAGAUGGAAAGCAGUGAAGCGAGACAUACACCAAGGCCUCCCUCUGAAGCAAAACGGUCGCCUUCAGAUAAGUCCAAAAGUUGUAAGGACAAGAUGGAAAGCAGUGAAGCGAGACAUACACCAAGGCCUCCCUCUGAAGCAAAACGGUCGCCUCCAGAUAAGUCCAAAAGUUGUAAGGACAAGAUGGAAAGCAGUGAAGCGAGAUAUACACCAAGGCCUCCCUCUGAAGCAAAACGGUCGCCUCCAGAUAAUUCCAGAAGUUGUAAGGACAAGAUGGAAAGCAGUGAGGAAAUUCAUAUCCCACAUCCACCUUCUGUGCCAAGAACAAUGCCUCCUAGCAAAGAAGCGAGACAUGUGCUGAGUCCUCCCUCCGAAGGAAAACGGUCAUCCUCAGUGAAGUCGAAAACUCAUAAGGACAAGAUGGAAACUUGUGAAGUGAGGCAUACGCGAAGACCACCCUCUGAAGCAAAAUGGUCGACUUCAAAGAAGGCAAAAAGUGAUGAGGACAAGAUAGAAAGCAGUGAAGAGCUAUCCCGGCCACCGACUCCAACCCCAGGUUCAGUGCCCUCAUCUUUGGCAGAUUGGGACAUCGAGAUGACCAAGAAGCGUCGGAACCGGACUGGGCAUAUGAAAGGACCAAAGUUAUCCACCAUAUUGGAUCAGGUGCCCGGACUGGAUCAAGGGCCCAGACUUGAGAACUUUGUCACAGAGGGUCUGGGUGGAUCAAAGACAGUUCUGCAGCCCAUUACAGAAUCAGAGGAAAGUUCAAGCCCUAAUGGAUCCUCGGACAAUGACACCUUCAAUGCCAUGAUCAGCAAACUCGUAGUCGAACAAGAAUAUCGGCCACUUCCACCAAAAAAGAAUUUGGCCACGGAGUGCACGAGUCAAGCUGUUCCGAUUCCAAGACUGAGGCCGACUGAUAUUUUCCCGUCCACGUCCGAGAGGUUGGGCAAGAAUAAGAAGAGCUUCAAAAACAUUCACAAACUGGAGCCUAUGUCUCAACUAAAAAAUAAAUCGCUGUCUGGCUUGAGUAAAAAGAAGGGCUCAAACACGAAAAGGUCACCAGCAGGCAAGCUUGGACCUCUAUGUGGACCACUGCCAAUGAGCAAAGUCCCAUCUCCACCGUUGCCAUUCAUGGAGACAUUCCAGGCAGAGAAGAGAUUAGAUGAGGAGCUUUAUCAACAGCAGAUGACAGAAAAUGACAUAUAUGGCUCCUAUUUCCCUGAUUUACGAUACGAGGAUGCACCGGUUAACAUCGGCAGUAGAGUCCACGAGAAAUACCAGACACAGAAUGUAUCAGAUGAGGAGUUCUAUCAGCAGUUGUCAGAAAAUGACGUGUAUGGCUACUGUUUCCCUGGUUCAAAAUACAUGGAUGCUCAAGUAGACUUCAGCAGUAGUGUCCACGAGAAACUCCCAACACAGGAAAGAUCAGAUGAGCAGUUUGAUGAGCAGUUUGAUGAGCAGUUGACAGCAAAUGAAAUGUACCGCUGCUUUUACCCUGGUUCACGCUAUGAGGAUGCACCAGUUAACUUACGCAGAAGUGUCCGUGAGAGCUUCUGUCCAACCCCAGUCUUUGAAUAUGAGCGAGAGGACAUCUGGUCACUGCAAAGCUCCCGGCCGAAAUUGUCCAUGAUGAAGAUGGAAGAGGCGUGCAAGUUACCUGAAAUCAAAAAUUUAAAACACUAG